AUGCAUUGUUUGUUCUAUUGCUCGUUAUCUCGACAAAUAUGGGCUAUGAGUGAUGUUCCGCGGUCAAGUUAUUUAACGACGACAACAGACAUGAACGAAUGGAUGAGAGAAAUCAGAACCAACUCCGAGACUAUUAUUGUCGAAAAAUGUGUUCUGCUUUGUUGGCAAAUAUGGAAUGCUCGAAACAAGAAAAUUUUCGAAGGGGAUGUUCCAAAUGCCAUGGAUAUUGCAAAUCUAUCGAAGAAGUUGUGGAGCGAAAUACAUGAAGCCACAAUAGAGGUUUUGCGCCCAAGAAUUCAGAGGACUAACGAAGAUGGGCGAUGGCUACCCCCUAAUCACGAUGAAGUGAAACUAAAUUUUGACGCGGCAGUGAAUAAUGUUGACGGCGUAUGCAGCCUAGGUGUGAUUGCAAGAUCGAGUACGGGCGCAUGUCUAGGAUGGAUAUCUAGAAGGAUAAAACAAUAUUUGGAUCCGACAUCGGCGGAGGCUAAAGCAGGAUUAAUGGCAAUGGAGAUGGCUAAAAUCCACAAUUGGGAAAAUAUAAUAUUAGAAGGCGAUUCCUUAGUCGUAAUAUCAGCAAUUAAAGAUGCCUCGAGUUCUCGAGCAGAAUAUGGUAACAUUAUAGCAGAUAUACAGAGGUUGGGAGCAAGUUUACUGAAGUUUAGAGCUCAACACGUUCGGCGAAAUGGUAAUAAAGCAGCCCAUGCAAUUGCGGCUUUGUCGAAGAAAAAAUCAAACUUUGUUCGUGAAUUACCUGAUGUGGUUUUGGAUAUUGUAUCUUCUGAUAUGUCUGAAUGA